UUAUAUACAUCCAUUAAUUACAGUAAUAAAAUAAAAAUAAAAUUAUAUUCCCCUUCUUAUUUGCGAUGGUCAGAGUCUUAAGAUAUUCUUCAAAGGCUUUCCUUUUCUUUACCUGACUAGUUCUCUCUCUCUUAAAACUCGUAUCAUCUCUCUCUCUCUCUCUCUCUCUCUCUUUUUAAGUCUCUGUUUUGAUUUUGCUUUGGCUUUGUUUCAAGUGCUAAUCUCGUCACUCCCGGGAGAAAAUCAGAACAAAAGAGAGAUGUCUCAGACCAACUGGGAAGCUGAUAAAAUGCUGGAUGUCUACAUCCACGACUAUCUGGUUAAAAGAGAUUUGAAAGCUACAGCUCAGGCCUUCCAAGCUGAAGGAAAAGUUUCAUCGGAUCCAGUCGCUAUUGACGCACCUGGUGGAUUUCUGUUUGAGUGGUGGUCGGUCUUCUGGGAUAUAUUCAUUGCUAGGACCAAUGAGAAGCAUUCCGAGGUUGCUGCAUCUUACAUUGAGACACAGAUGAUGAAAGCGCGAGACCAGCAAAUGCAACAAUCUCAACACCCACAGGUCUCCCAGCAGCAUCAACAACAACAACAGCAAAUACAAAUGCAACAACUCUUGUUACAGCGUGCACAACAACAGCAGCAACAGCAGCAACAGCAGCAACAACAACAGCAACAUCAUCAACAGCAGCAGCAACACCAACAACAGCAUCAAAACCAACCACCUUCUCAACAGCAGCAGGCAGCGCCUCAACACCAACAACAGCCAACAGCACAGCAGCAGCAACAGAGGAGAGAUGGAUCCCACCUUGCAAAUGGAUCAGCAAAUGGACUUGUUGGUAAUAACGGCGACCAAGUUAUGAGGCAAAAUCCUGGGUCUGGGAGUGCCUUAGCAAAUAAUAAGGCAUACGAGGAGAGGAUCAAAAUGCCUACUCAGAGUCAGAGGGAGUCCUUAGAUGAGGCCUCUAUGAAGCGAUUCGGGGACAAUAGUGGGCAACUGUUGGAUCCAAAUCAUGCUUCGAUGCUGAAAUCCGCUGGAGCUUCCGGACAGCCUGCAGGGCAAGUGCUACAUGGUGCAAGUAGUGGUAUGUCUCCACAGGUUCAAGGUCGAAAUCAGCAACUUCCUGGGUCUGCCGUGGAUAUGAAAAGUGACAUCAACACUGUGCUCACUCCUAGAACUGCUGUUCCAGAAGGGUCCUUGAUUGGAAUUCCUGGUUCAAAUCAAGGCAACAACCUUACUCUUAAAGGGUGGCCACUCACAGGAUUUGAUCAGCUUCGUUCUGGUCUUCUUCAGCCGCAAAAACCAUUUAUGCAGUCUCCGCAGCAGUCUUUUCACCAACUCAACAUGUUGAGUCCGCAACAUCAGCAACAGCUCAUGAUGGCUCAACAGAAUCUAAAUUCACAAUCCGUCAAUGAAGAGAACAGAAGACUGAAAAUGCUACUGAACAACCGGAGCAUGAGCCUCGGAAAAGAUGGCCUUGGGGGUUCUGUUGGGGAUGUGCUACCUAAUGUUGGGUCGUCUUUGCAACCUGGUGGCUCUCUUUUGCCUCGUGGAGACACCGACAUGCUACUAAAGUUAAAGAUGGCUCUUUUACAGCAGCAGCAUCAGCAGCAGGGUGGUGGAAAUCUAGCACAGCCACAGGCACUUAGCCAGCACGCCCUUUCUAAUCAGCAAUCACAGAGUUCGAAUCACAACAUUCAACAACAAGAUAAACUAGGAGGGGGUGGUAGUAUGACGAUGGAUGGUAGCAUGUCAAACUCUUUUAGAGGAAAUGAACAGGUGUUGAAGAAUCAAACUGGGAGGAAAAGAAAGCAACCGGUUUCGUCUUCUGGGCCAGCUAAUAGUACAGGAACAGCCAACACUACAGGACCAUCACCGAGCUCAGCACCUUCUACACCUUCAACUCAUACUCCUGGAGAUGCGGUUUCCAUGCCUAAUCUGCCUCAUGGUGGUGGUUCCUCCAAAGCAGUAAUUAUGUUUGGCACUGAGGGGACUGGGACUCUUACAUCUCCAUCAAAUCAGUUGGCUGAUAUGGAUCGAUUUGUGGAAGAUGGGUCACUUGACGACAACGUUGAGUCUUUUUUAUCCCAUGAGGAUGGUGAUCAACGAGACACUGUUGGACGGUGUAUGGAUGUUAGUAAAGGUUUCACGUUUACUGAAGUGAAUUCAGUACGUGCGAGCACAAGCAAAGUUACCUGUUGCCACUUUUCCUUGGAUGGAAAAAUGCUUGCUAGUGCCGGACAUGACAAAAAGGCUGUACUAUGGCAUACUGACACUUUGAAGCCAAAGACCACACUUGAGGAGCACACAGCUAUGAUAACAGAUGUUCGUUUUAGUCCAAACCUGCCUCGGCUUGCAACUUCUUCAUUUGACAAAACUGUCAGGGUUUGGGAUGCUGAUAAUAAAGGUUACUCCCUUCGUAAUUUCAUCGGACAUUCUUCUAUGGUUACGUCAGUUGAUUUCCAUCCCAACAAGGAUGAUCUCAUAUGUUCCUGUGACAAUGACGGCGAGAUUAGGUACUGGAGCAUCAACAAUGGAACUUGCUCAAGAGUGUACAAGGGUGGUAGCACUCAGACGAGGUUCCAACCACGUGUUGGAAAGUAUCUCGCUGCUUCUUCAGCUAAUGUUGCAUCUGUACUAGAUGUUGAAACACAAGCUUGUCGACACUCUCUGCAGGGCCAUACUAAUCCGAUAAACUCGGUGUGCUGGGACUCUUCUGGUGACUUCUUGGCAACGGUUAGUGAAGAUAAGGUGAAAGUUUGGACGUUCGGGUCAGGUAAUGAAGGAGAAUGUGUUCACGAGCUAAGCUGCAAUGGCAGCAAGUUCCAGUCUUGUGUUUUCCAUCCGACUUACCCUUCUCUACUCGUAGUCGGUUGUUACCAGUCUUUAGAACUGUGGAACAUGUCACAGAACAAGACGAUGACUUUGACUGCUCACGAUGGGAUAAUUGCGUCACUGGCGGUUUCAACUGCAACGGGAUUGGUUGCAUCGGCUAGUCACGACAAGCUUGUGAAGCUGUGGAAGUGAGGGAAGAAAAGGACAUGUUCGUUUAUGUUUCUUAGGUGUUAUUCUUCUUUUAAGGAUAAACUUUGUAGACAGUUUUCAUCUUCCAUCUCAAGAUAAGUCUUUCUCAAGAUGUUUAAACAAUGUUGCUGUUGUAUGAUCUGUGACCUAAUUGGAAACUGUUGUAAUCUUAGUUUUUUUAAUAAUGACGUUAAAGUUGUAUGCCA